AUGGAUGAUACAUUACAAUAGCAAAAUAGUACAUGCAUUCUAAAAACAGGGGAUUUGGCAUGUGGUUGGUUCUAAUCAAACUCACAAAACCAUCUUUUGCCAAUGCCUAAACAAUCAACAUGGCAAUGGCACUUGCAUGCACUCACAUUUUCUGUAUACUUAUGUUGUUUGAUCCAUUGCUUGCUGCACUGUUUUGAUUCAGGUGCUUGGCCUGUUUUCCUCGAUUUUUCGGACCCGAAUGGACGGUGGAUUGUUGUUUGGGCAGGUGAGAUAGGAUUCUCACAGGCUAGAGGCUAGCGAGCAGGCAUUUGGUUAAGAUAAAUGGCUAGCGAAGAUAUCAAAGAGACGCUGUUGGAGAAAGACUACAACGAGAAUUGCCCUGGCUGUAAAGUUGACAGGCGUAAAGCGGUGCAGCAAGGUGUGCCAUACAAGGAAAUCUUGGUAAUAUGGGUUGUGGUGCUUGCUUCAGCUCUGCCAAUAUCAUCUCUUUUCCCGUUCCUUUAUUUCAUGGUGAGGGACUUUAAUAUUGCGAAAGAAGAAGAGGAUAUAAGUUACUAUGCAGGGUAUGUAGGUUCGACAUUAAUGCUUGGAAGGGCGCUAACAUCUGUCUUUUGGGGCAUGGUAGCUGAUAGAUAUGGUCGCAAAGUAGUUAUAAUAUUUGGCACUUUCUCAGUAGUUGUGCUCAACACUCUUUUUGGCCUUAGUAUAAACUUGUGGAUGGCCAUUGCUACAAGGUUUCUUCUUGGUAGCUUAAAUGGAUUACUAGGACCAAUAAAGGCAUAUGCAAUUGAGCUUGUCCGGUGCGAAUACCAGGCCUUAGCACUAUCAACUGUUAGCACAGCUUGGGGUGCCGGAUUGAUUAUUGGCCCUGCUUUAGGAGGCUUCUUUGCCCAGCCUGCAGAUAAAUUUCCAGUAUUAUUUUCUCAAGAAUCUGUAUUUGGGAGGUUCCCAUACUUCUUACCCUGCCUUGUAAUAUCGCUUUUGGCACUAGUAGUUGCUAUCGCUUGCCUUUGGCUUCCGGAAACACUGCAUAUGCCAGAGUUCCACAAGUUACAGCGUCAUGACUCUUUGGAGAAGUUAGAGAGUGCAUAUGGAUCUGAAGAGAAGUAUAUGAGUGAUAAUAUAAAAACAGAUUCUUCUGAAAGCCUAUAUAAGAAUUGGCCCUUGAUGUCAUCAAUCUUAGUCUAUUGUGUCUUCUCACUUCACGAUAUGGCAUACACAGAGAUAUUCUCAUUAUGGGCAGUGAGCCCUAGGAAAUUAGGAGGGUUGAAUUUUUCAACUGAUGGUGUUGGCAAAACUUUAGCAUUUUCAGGUCUUGGUCUUUUAGUCUUUCAACUCUUCGUGUUUCCGCAGUUGGAGAGGAGAGUCGGGUUUAUCAUCUUAGCUCGUGUUUCAGGACUUGCCACUAUUCCGCUUUUGACAAGUUAUUCCUAUAUAGCAUUGCUCUCAGGGGUCACCCUUACAGUCUUAUUAACAUGUGCCUCUGUGCUGAAGAAUAUACUAUCUGUGUCUAUCAUAACUGGCAUAUUCAUACUCCAAAAUAGGGCUGUGGACCAACACCAAAGGGGUGCUGCUAACGGCAUUGCCAUGACUGCAAUGUCACUUUUCAAAGCGAUUGGUCCAGCAGGUGGAGGGGCAAUCCUUUCUUGGUCUCAAGGCCGCCAAGAUGCAGCCUUCCUACCUGGUACUCAGAUAGUUUUCUUCAUCUUGAAUGUAGUCGAAGCAAUCGGAAUUGCAUUGACGUUCGAACCUUUUCUAGUUUUACGGCAACCUUGAAAAUCAGUUUUGUAGGGAAUGUAACAUUAUAGUUUUGAUCAAUUUCAGCAGAACUAGCAGUUGCAAAUCAAUAUAUGACCAGAUUUUACUAA